AUGAUAGAGCCAGCCCACCCCUACACGAAGGAGCUCGAGAUUGCUUGCCUAGCGGUGCAAAGAGCUACCCUGUUGACGAAGAAGGUGCUCGAUGCGGUCGACAAGGGGGCCUUGGACAAAAGCGACUCGAGCCCCGUGACCAUUGCGGACUUUGCUGCCCAAGCAUUGAUCAUUGGGGCAAUCCAUCGUGCCUUCCCGGACGAUGAUAUUGUGGGCGAAGAAGACUCCAAGGCUCUCCGGGCGAACGAGGCCCUGCUUGAGCGUACGUGGGAACUCGUCUCCUCCAUCCAUCUCGACGAUGAGACGAGUGAGGCGUUCCUUUACUCUCCCAAGGACAAGGAGGAGAUGCUCGACUUGAUUGAUUUGGGUGCCCGCGGCACCUGUAACCGGGAGAACCGCUCAUGGGUUUUGGACCCGGUGGAUGGCACCGCAACGUUCAUCAAUGGACAGCAGUACGCGGUCUGCUUGGCACUUGUAGAGAACGGGGUCCAAAAGCUCGGCGUCUUGGGGGCUCCGAAUCUCAACCUUGAAACGGGCCGCAUGCACGAGGAUAUUGUGGACCGGGAUGGGUAUGGGUCUCAACUCUUCGCCGUUGCCGGUCACGGUGCAUUCAUGCGGAAGAUGGGCACCGGGGCCCUCUUGCCCGCUAACCGCAUCGAUGCCAAGCCUCAGAUCACCGACCCUAAGGAUCUUGACUUUGUGGAUUGCGUGGCGGCCACUUCCUCGAAUAUUGUCGCGCAUGAACGCCUUGCGUCCCACCUUGGCGCGCCGUGGCCACACACAACGGACCUUUGGGCGGCCCAGCUGCGAUAUGUCGCCAUUGCAGUCGGUGGCUGCAAUACUUUGAUCAAGAUCCCACGCAACGCGUCCUAUCGAUCGAAAAUGUGGGAUCACGCAGGGGGCAUGUUGAUCGUGCAGGAGCUAGGAUGUAUCGUCAGCGACCUUGCAGGCAAUCCGGUGGACUGUAGCCUCGGCAGGACCCUGGCCGGUUGUUACGGAAUGAUAGUGGCGCCGGCCUCCAUCCACGGACGGCUGGUUGAAGCUGUAAAACAGAUCAUGUAG